AAUAUGGAAAAUAGCACACUUGAUGCAUUGAACAACUCGAUAAAAGAGCUCAGCAUCGAAGAGCAACGAGCGAUUCGGAGUGUUUUGGAGAAGGAUCUGGAAUUUCAGCAAUCCGAGCAGAAUCGAAUAAGAAGCCUAUCCACGUGCGUUGCUAUCAAAAAAACAAGCCUGCAAGAGAAACGCCGAGCAAGUUCCGUCGCCGGCUCGGAAUCUUCGGAAAGUGGACUCUCGUCGCCGGGAAAUGUGUCGCAUGGACGAACUUCCCCGCUUCCAAAAUGGAAUAAUCGCUUGUGCUCCACGUGCCAAUGCACAUUGGGAUACAUCCUCAAUAGUGGGACAAAGUGCAAAAAAUGCUCUUCGCACAUCUGUGACAAAUGCGCUCACUCGGUCUCUAGUGGAAGUGCACAAAAUCCACAGAAAUAUAGCCUCUGCACAGUUUGCUAUAGUGAGCGAGAACUAUCCGCCGCAAAAAAUGAGUGGGUUCAAGGAUCUGAUGAAGCCGAAAAGACAUCUGAACAGUUGCUAAAUGUCAUGAAAUCUUCGGAAAAACGAAAUUCAGUUCAAAUUCCCGCCACACCGCCGGCGGUGAAAGGAAAAGCGCCAUACAAACGAAACCUAACCCUCCCCGCAAUCCAAACCAGCUACCUCAGUGUCCCCGACGAAGAGCCCGGCCUAGUCCAAUCAGCCGGCGGCAACUCAAAUUUCUCUCCAAAAUUCUGGGGAGGAUCUCCGUCGCCGAGAAGUCCGCGAUCGUUCUCGUCCGCCAAUUCUUCAAAUAUCAGCAUAAAUUCUCCAGCAGCUCCAAAUGAUUCCCUACGGGCGUUGCAUCCAAGAGAAGCGAUUGGAAGUCCGGCGCCAAGGCCAAUGUCCAGUACUCCAUUGAGCGGAGUUCCAGAAGAUUCGACUAUCCAAAUACCCCAAGUUGAGCGUCGCCGCAGUGCUUUCGAAGGUUCCCGAAGGUCUGGAAAGCUUCGCCGCCAGAGCGAGGCGACCGUCCCAACGUUUCAGCUCAGCAAGUGCUGAAACUUUAUUUUUUUUAAUACCUAUUUUUAUAAUUUUUGUUUCGAUGUCCCAUGUCCCUCCUCCGCCCACCUUCUGUGCUUAUUUUGAUCUCCCCAACCCCAUAUUUGUGUCUCACAAAAUCAGUAUGAAACAAUCAAUGAAGCGUCUCUUUU